AUGGCGGAGUUGGUGGCUGGAGCGUUUCUCUCUUCUUUCCUUCAGGUGGCAUUUGAGAGAUUGGCUUCUCCUGACUUUGUUGAAUACUUUCGUGGCAGAAAGCUCAAUGGUAACUUGCUCAAAGAAUUGGAAAUCACCCUUAAUUCUGUGGACAAAAUUGUUGAGGAUGCAGAGGAAAGGCAAUACAGAGACCAUCAUGUGAAGAAGUGGCUUGACGAGCUCAAAGAUGAAGUCUUUAAGGCUCAAGAGUUACUGGACGACAUUGCUACACAACAGAAGAUGGAUGCUGAAUCGCAAAGUACUACUGUUAUCCGCAAGGUACGAGGCUUCUUUACUACUCUUGCUAGUCAAAAUCAUUUUGACAAAAAGAUAGAGUCAGAGAUAAAAGAAGUGCUUAACAACCUAGAGAAUCUUAUGAAGCAAAAGGAGAGACUGGGGUUAAGAGAAGGGCCAUCUGCUGGAGACCAAUCGGGAGUGGUGAACAGGAGAGUAUACAGAAGAUUGCCUUCAACACAUUUGAUAGAUGAAUCCAAUAUAUAUGGUAGAGAUGCUGAUAAAGAGAGGAUUGUAGAGCUUUUACUGUCACAGAACAUGGGAGGUAGGAAUCAAUUGCCUCUGGAUGUGAUUGCCGUCACUGGUAUGGGCGGGAUGGGUAAGACAACCCUUGCGCUACUUGUUUAUGAAGAUCCAAGGAUGAAGGAUCAUUUUCAACAUACAGCUUGGGUGUGUGUUUCUGAAGAAUUUGAUGUUGAUCACCUGACAAAAGCAAUUCUCCAGUCACUUAAGUGUCCACCUGAACAAGAUUUUCACGUCAAUCAGUCUAAACUAGAAGAGACAUUGAUGGGCAAGAAAUUCUUUCUCGUUCUUGAUGAUGUCUGGAAUUGUCAAAGUUGGGAGGUUUUCACAGCUCCUUUGAGACAAGUAGCACCACAGAGCAAGAUUCUUAUCACAACCCGUGAUAAAACGGUAGCAGAAGUUAUGUUUUGUGCUUUUACAUAUCCUUUGAAGCCAUUACAAGAUGGAGAUUGUUGGAAUUUAUUUGUGAAACAUGCAUUUAACAACCAACCCGAUGUUGUUGAUCUAGAUCUUGUACGGAUUGGUAAAGAUAUCAUAAAGAAAUGUGGAGGAUUGCCUUUAGCAGUAAAAACACUAGGAAGUUUGUUGCGUAUAAAACUCUCUUUUGAACGCUGGAAUAAGAUUUUGAAAAGUGAGCUUUGGGCAUUGCCAGAAGAUCAUAACAAUAUUAUUCCAUCCUUAAGAUUGAGUUACCAUUAUUUACCCUCAAAUUUGAAGCGUUGUUUUGCAUAUUGCUCAAUCUUUCCCAAAGAUUAUGACAUCGAUAGGAAUGUCCUAAUCCAAUUGUGGAUGGCAGAUGGUUUAAUAUAUCCAACUCAAACAAGUACGAACCUUGAAGAAAUGGGUGAUGAAAUUUUCAAAGAUCUAGAGUCUAGGUCUUUUUUUGAGCCAUCGAAAACAGGUGGCGAUUAUUUCAUCAUGCAUGAUCUUCUGAAUGAUUUAGCAAAAUCUGUGGCAGGAGAAUUUUUUGUGUUGCUCGAUACUGCUCAGGCACAAGAUAUGUCAACCAAGACUCGCUACUUUUCAUAUGUAAGAUGCAAAAGUGAUAAUGUUGACAUUUUUGAGAGAGUUUUAAAAUGCCACCAAUUACGUAGUUUCAUCCUAUUUGGCAAUCUUAGCAUUGGUGAUGAUAUAAUGUCCAGGCUUUGUCGUCUCAAAUACAUACGACAAUUAUCUUUGGAGGGAUCUCAAAAUUUGAGAAGCUUGACAGAUGGCAUUAGCAAUUUAAAGCACCUGCGUUAUGUGGAUCUUUCCUUCACUUCAGUUGAGAAAUUGCCGAAUUCAAUGUGCUUGUUGAUUAAUUUACAAACAUUGAAAUUAAGAGAUUGUGGUCGCUUGACUGAGUUGCCAUCAAAUUUUUACAAACUCAUCAACUUGCGUCAUCUUGACUUAGAAGGCUGUGGCAUACAGAAGAUGCCGAGAUAUAUGGGAAAGUUAAAGCAGCUCCAAAGAAUGAAUCACUUUGUUAUGGCAAAGAAAGGAGGAUCAAAUAUAAAAGAAUUAGGUGCCUUAAAGAACUUAACAGGCUCACUAACUAUCUCAAAUAUGAGAGGCAUAGUUGAUCCUACAGAUUUGAGAGAGGCCAAUUUGAAAGGAAAGAAAUUGGAUAAACUAACAUUGCAGUAUUAUUGUGAGGAUGAUUACAGUCGUGAAGAGGGACAUCACGAGGAGCACGUAUUGGAAGCACUUGAGCCAAAUCAGAGUGUGAAAGAGCUCACCAUUAGCGGAUACAGAGGUACCAAAUUUCCAAAGUGGCUUGGCGUUGAACAUUUUUUACCUAAUUUAGUGUCUUUAGCUCUGUUGAGUUGCCACAACUGUGUGAAGUUACCACCACUUGGGCAACUACCUUCUCUUCAAGAACUCACGAUUAGUGGAUUGGAUAGAAUAAAGGUGAUAGGUGAAGAGUUCUAUGGGAAUGGCUCCUUAGUUGCUCGACCAUUUCGUUCCCUCUUACGUUUAAUCUUUUCUUCUAUGAGAGAAUGGGAAGAAUGGGAUAUAUGUUGUGAACGUCAAAGUUUCCCAUGCCUUGAAAAACUUUCUAUAAGCCAUUGUCCUAGACUGAUAAAGUCUCUGCCUCAACACCUUCCUUGUUUAAAAAAACUCGACAUUCAGGACUGUGAGAAUUUGGAGGCCACACUUCCCAAGUCCUCUUCCAUAGAAAGGCUAUCUUUAAGUAAUUGUAGGAAGAUAUCAGUGAAAGACAUGCCCACAUGGAGCAUCUCAGAUGGAUUGGGGUUUGCAUGA